CGCGAGCCGUUUGUGCGAGCAAGGAGGCUGAAUGAUUACCCGCGAAGCCCUCGCUAUGAGGCCGAUCGGGGUAGAGGCGACUCCCGCAGCCGAUGCGAGACAAAUCAGGGCCGACGAGAUGGAUAUAGGGACGACAGAUACGAGAGAUCGGACCGAGAUGGAUAUAGGGACGACAAACACGAGAGGCCGGGUCGAGAUGGCUACAGAGGAAGUAGAUAUGAAAGAGGAGAUUGGGACUGGGAACGAUAAGAUGGGUCGCGUGGACGGUUUGAGCGCGGGGGAGAUGCGAGAGAGCAGCGCGACGAGUCGCGGGGGUGGUACAAUCAAGGGGACCGACGCGAUGAGUCACGAUGACGAUAUGACUCGGGGGACCGCCGGAAUGAUUCGCGAGGGCGGUAUGAGCAAGGAGGGUCUGGAGGAGACCGGCGCAACGAUCCGCGCGGUCGGAAUGAGAGAAGGGGAUAUGGCGGCAUCUACUCCCAAGAACUCAUGCGUCUACUGUAGAGGAGAAGAUCAUAUCAAGAGGGAUUGCCCGGACCUCAAACGGGCAAUAGAUGAGGGACUUGUCGUGCUUGACGACCGCAAGUACGUCAAGUGGGCAGAUGAUCUGGGAGAUAUAUCGAUGUUCCCUUCGAUGAAGGAGAAUGUCGAAGCACGGAGAAUAAAGACGAGUAAAGGAAUGGAGCCAGUCAGGAGCCAGAGCAUCAAGAUAACCUUUGAGGGGGAUAUCGCGACCACACCCAUAAGGGUGGCAGCCACCAAUUCAGCAAGAGGGUCUACAUCGAAAAAGAUUGACACGGAUUACGUGAUGGCGGAGAAGGACGGACAGCGGGUCGAUGUAGAGGAGGUUAUCCUUUCGCCGCUAAAGCGGGGAGUGAAGAAGUUCUUAAUGAAGAGUUCGCUGGACGAGAUUGACACGGUCGAGCCACUGAGGCGGGCCCUUCGGCAACCCAUGCAGUGCUCUAUUCUGGAGUACCUAGCGACAUCGAAGCCGGCUCGUGAUGGAUUCCAGAUGAUCACGCGGAAGACUCGCAUACCUCUAUCAGAGGAGGGUCAGGGGGCCCCUAAGGUGGAAGCUUCUACAGUAGCAGUAACGGGGGUGACUGCCAGAGCGGAUCGCAUGGCGACAGUCCUUCUCGAUGGAAUGGAAGGUGUGCCUCCAGACAAGUUCUAUAUACUUGGUAGCAGAGCCGUGGAGACGAUUAUAAACGAUGGAGCGGUACUCGAUGCUGUAAUCGAUAACGGCAGUGAGGCUGUCAUCGUAGACGAGGACCUGGCAGUACAGGUUGGACUGGGCCUCGAUAGGUCAUACCUAUUCGAGAUAGAGACGGCUGAUGGGAGAAAGCAACAGAUCACUGGGGUUUGUCACAAGGCAGCCAUAGAGGUCCAAGGGGUACGAGUGACCCUGCCUGUUUUUGCGAUCAAGAACUGCAGCUCCGACCUGCUCUUGGGUCGAACGUGGCUGAGCCACGUGCAUGCGGUGACGAUAGAGCGACCUGAUGGGAGCCAAAUAUUGUCCAUUAGGAAGCCACACGGGACGCGGGUAAUGAUUGAGACAGUGGAGCCUCGGGACCCGAGGAACAGAGCAGCUCUCGCUGUGGGUGCAAGACCCAGUGAUCAGAUUAAGUCGUUACCUAUCUCCGGCCGCGCGGUGCAAUUUCGCGAGAAGAGAUAUGGACCACUGCUCACAGAGGAAGAAGGACGGAUCGUGGAGUUGGAAGAUUUAGGGAGUCGGCUAAUAGUGGACGGCAACUCGUACCCAAAGGAAAAAGAUGAGGAAUUUGGCGGUGUGGUAUCCGAGCGCGGACGUGUGAUAGAAAUUCUGAAGACAUGUGAUAAGGCAAUAACUUUCAGCGACGCGGAGUGCGGUAGGGUUGACCCUCGAUACGCUAAGCCAGCGAGGAUUUACGCGAUUCCACAUGUUCCUUGGAAUGACGCAAGAUGGAAAUACGCCCAGAAGGAGAAGGAAGAAGUUAUCGCCUUCCUGAAAGAAAAGAUGGUUUCCCAUGUAGCGGAGCCGUCUGAUAGCGCAUAUGCUAAUCGGUGGUUCUUCCUACGAAAGCCGAAUGGCAAGAUCCGAUGGAUCCAAGACCUUCAGAAGGUCAACGCGGUGACGAUACGAGACGUGGGCUCCGUGCCGCACGUCGAUUUACUAGCAGAAGGCGCCGCAGGCAGGUCAAUUUAUUCGGUCUGUGACCUGUUCUCAGGUUAUGAUGAGGUACCGCUUGAUCCUAGGGACAGGCACCUCACGGCUAUGCAUACGUCAUUGGGACUGAUACAGAUGAUAGUUGUUCGGGUAGCUGUUUUUCAAAGAGCCAUGGUAGUCAUCCUCAAGGACUUCAUCCCUGAUAAGGUUGAGGUUUUUCUGGAUGACUUUCCUAUAAAAAGGUCAGUAGACAAGGAUGAUACAGAGGUUGUACCAGAAGUUAGAAGAUUCGUCGAGCAGCACCUAACAGAUAUUUGCGCGGUACUUGAGCAGCUGGACGAUGCGAAUUUGACGGUCAGCGGAACAAAGAACCGAUGGGUCGUCUCGACUAUUAAAAUCUUGGGCUUUAUCUGGGACUCGAGAGGACGCCGAGCAGAUCCGGCGAAGUUAGACAAACUCCUGGACUGGCCGUCACCGUUACAUAGUCCAACCGAGGUCCGACAGUUUUUGGGGGUGGUCGGAUACUGGCGUAUAUUCAUACGAGGGUAUGCGGAGAAGGCUGAGCCAUUGAGGUUACUCCUUCGAAAGACUGAGAAAUUAUGUUGGGGUUCCUCGCAGGAAACGGCUAUGCAAGACCUUAAAGACGAAUUUAAGGAGGGAGGACGCGUACUGGGCGUGCCAUUCUUUGACGAUGAGACCGAGAGAUCUUUCAUAGUGUCCACGGAUGCGGGACCAUGUUCGGUUGGUGGGUUGUUGUCUCAGAAGGACGCUGGAAGGAAGGAAAGACCGUUAAGAUUUGAGAGUAGAACAUUUAAUACGGUUGAGCGUAACUACAGUCAAUUCAAGAAGGAAGUGUUAGCUGUUCUCCGGUGUUUAGACACGUUCAGACACUAUAUCUAUGGGCGACGGUUCAUCUUGAGAGUAGACCCCACCGCGGUUGCCUCUGUCCUCCAGAAGGACUUUAGUCUGACGGACCCGACCAUCGCCCGAUGGUUAAUACGGAUUCGGCUAUACGAUUACACGGUUGAGAGGAUAUCUGGUACUAAAAAGGCCGUGGCAGAUGAACUUUCACGCAUCCCUCUCGAGCGUCCGAUAGUAGCUGGGGCCCUGACAAUGGCAGAGCCGAGACGCGCCGAGAGAUUUCUAGUUAAUCUUUACGAGGGCAAGUACCGAAUGAUCGGACUACAACUGACGGGAGAGGAGAGUCAAGAUUCAGAUAUCUGGAGGCAAGCAGCCCAGUACUGCCUUAGAGCGGGCCACCUUUUCCGAAGGCCAGUAGGUUCGGGAAUGCCCUUAUGAGUAGUCUGUGAUCCUGAGGAGAGACAGACGAUAGUUGCGGAGCUUCACGACGGG